AUGGCACCAAAGGAAUGGAGUAACUUCCAUGUGGGAAGAGAAUGUAGCCACCAAAAGUGGUCCCGUCGAAACACCCCCAAGUUCACCAUCUCCUCCGGCGAGACUGUCUCUUUCGAUGCUAUUGACAGUAGCAAUGGCCAGCUCGACACGUCAUCCAAGGCCUCAGCCAUCAAGACGUUGGAUCUCGGCCUAGCCAAUCCCGUCUUCGGCCCAAUCUAUAUGAACGACGCCCAACCCGGCGAUGUGCUCAAAGUGGAAGUCCUGGACCUUCAGGUUGCUGACUGGGGCUGGUCCGCCAUCAUCCCAGGCUUCGGUCUGCUGGCAGACGAAUUCCCAGAGCCCGAGAUCAAGAUCUGGGAGCUGAACCGCGAAGCAGGCUUCGCUCAAUUCAAACACAUGCGGAUCCCCUUGCGUCCCUUCCUCGGAUGCAUGGGUCUGGCCCCAGCCAAUGACGAAGAACUCUCGACCGUCCCGCCCACAAACGCCGGCGGAAAUAUGGACUGCCGGGAGCUCAGCGUCGGCUCCACCGUCUUCCUUCCUGUUCAAACUACCGGCGCCCUCUUCAGCUGCGGUGACGGUCACGCUGCGCAGGGCCACGGCGAGGUCUGCGGAACCGCCAUCGAAACCCCGAUUCGCGCUACCCUCCGCUUCGAGCUCCUCAAGAACCAACCCUGGAUGACUGCUCCCCAAUUCCAGACUCCCCCCGCGCCCAAAUACCAAACCCUCUCCCCGACCUUGGAACCUACGGUGCUCUCGUGGUUGGUGCAGACUAAGGGUCUCACUCGCAGCGAGGCAUACAUUCUUGCUAGUGUUGCUGGUGACUUGCAUAUUGCUGAAGUGGUCAACGUGCCCAAUUUUGAGGUGGCUAUGACACUGCCCUUAGGCAUCUUCUCUUAA